UCUUGUUAUCGUGCUGCUGGUCGUGUUGCUCCUCAAAAAUGUGGUUGGCUUAUCCGGACCGAGUCCGUUUGACUUCGACUCCCGCGAACCGCUGAAACCGAUGGUGCUAGAUAGAAAAGAGAAGAACAAAGUGCUGAAACAAGGUCGCUCACUCAACUGGACGGAUUAUACACGGGCACAUCUGUCUAAUGCCUUGUGCAGUGCUGCUUCACAGACUGGCUCCUGAGUACGGUCGUACUCUAACGCUUUUUGGCCAGCAGAGUCCCCCAGGAUCUUGAUGCCAUUGUGAUUGGCAGUGGCGUCGGUGGGCUGGGUGUCGCAGCUUUACUGGCGAAGGUUGGAAAGAAGGUUGUGGUACUUGAACAGCAUGACCGAGCUGGAGGAUGCUGCCACACAUUCUCAGAGAAAGGGUUCGAGUUUGAUGUUGGAAUCCACUACAUUGGUGAUAUGCUGGAAAAUGAGAUGUUCCGGUGCAUAGUGGACCAAAUGACCAAUGGGCAGCUACAGUGGGAGGCUAUGGACAACCCCUAUGAAGAGGUGGUCCUGGGGCCCCUGGAGAACCGCCGUGUCUACCACAUCUACAGUGGGGAACACCGCUUCACUCAGGAGCUGAAGAAGUGCUUUCCAGGAGAGGAGAAGGCCAUUGAUGAGUUCAUGAGACUGAUUAAGAAAUGUGGUCAAGGUGUUUGGUUUAUGGCUGUGUUGAAGCUCAUCCCCUCUCUGAUUGCUAAGUUCCUGGUCUACUCAGGUUUGAUCAAUCGUCUGUCGUAUUUCUUCCGUUAUGGCACCCGUAGCCUGGCUGAGGUGGUGAACGGCCUCACUGGGAAUAAAGACCUAAGGGCUGUGUUCUGCUACAUCUUUGGCACAUAUGGAAAACCCCCAAAAGAAGCCAGCUUCUCCAUGCAUAGUUUGCUUUUGUGCCACUUUAUGCCCGGUGCCUGGUACCCUAAGGGAGGAGCGAGUGAGAUUGCCUUUCACAUGAUUCCAGUCAUAGAGAAGGCAGGAGGAGCCGUCUUCGUCAGAGCACCUGUCAACCGCAUCCUCCUCAAUGACGCCAAGGAAGCUAUAGGUGUGAGUGUUAUGAAGGGACAUGAGGAGGUGCAUGUGCAUGCUCCCAUCAUUAUCUCAGAUGCUGGAAUCUUCAACACUUACCAGCAGCUCCUGCCCAAAGAGGUGCAGACCAUGUCAGCGAUCCAGAAGCAGUUGAGUUUGGUAAAGCAUGGAGAAGGUGCACUCAGUGUUUUUCUGGGUCUGGAUGGGACGAAAGAGGAGUUGGGUCUCGAAGCAAAAAACUACUGGAUCUACUCAGAGAGUGACCUUGAUGCAUUGAUGGAGGGCUACUUGAAAGGGAACAGAGACGAGGCACUAAAGAGUCUGCCUCUUGUUUUUCUUGCUUCGCCGUCUGCCAAAGACUCUACCUGGGAGCAGAGAAAGCCGGGUAAAUCCACUCUGACUGUGGUGAGCUUUGCUCCCUACUCGUGGUUUGAGGAAUGGAAAGAUGACAAGGUGAAAAACAGAGGGGCUGACUAUAAGGAACUAAAGGACACCCUCAUCAACUCCCUUUUAGAAGUGGUGUAUCAGAUCUUCCCCAAGACAAAGAAUAAGAUAGAGUAUAUGGAUGCUGGCACCCCUAUCACUAACCAGCACUACCUUGCGUCCCCUAAAGGAGAGAUUUAUGGAGCUGACCAUGACACCUCCCGCUUCAGUACAGAUGUUUGCAUCUCCAUGAGACCACAAACACCCAUCAAGAAUCUCUACCUCACAGGCCAAGAUGUGUUUUUAUGUGGUUUUGCGGGUGCGCUGGCUGGGGCUAUGUUGUGUGGAUCUGCUGUUCUCAACCGCAACCUUUACGUGGACGUCUUCAACCUCUGUAGGAAACUCAAACAAGCCAAAACGAAAACCCAGUAACCACAAUUAACCCUCAAGUGAACCUGGUUGAGCCCUGGAACUGUGGAAAGAUGCAUUUGGACCUACUUCUCGUUCAUGUUGUUGACCUUCAAACAAUUAACUGACGGAAUUGUAAAUGUAUAAACAGUCCCUGCCCUUGCUGAAUGAACAUUUCUGUAAAAUUAAAGUCACUUCAUAACCGUGAAAAGGGAGCACAUCAAUCGGUAUCAAACUGUGUUUUGUUUUUCUUUUUUUUUUUGAUGUAUCUUAUGGGCAUGCCUCUACUACUUCUAUAGUAAUUGCAUGUAACAUUAGGGGUGGGCAUUAUCGCUAAAGUUAUUGUGAUAAAUGACAUCACAUAUGCUUUUCUAAGUAUUACAUGUGGGCAUCAUAGUUGACAUCGGUAUCGUCAGUAAACUUGGUUAAUUAGGUUUAGAGCAGUAUAUGAAAUGUGGAAUAAAAUUAAAUAAAACAUUGUUUGUAAUAUUGUCUUUACAUAUCAUGAGGUUAUGUGUCUGCCAUAUCACCCACCCCUACAUAACAUACCUAAACAGAGCACUUUAUUCUGAUUUUCUUAAUCUUUAUUUGACUUCACAACAAAGAAAAAGAAUAGAUAAGCUAUGUGUUUCUCUGUUAGCAGUAUAAUACAGAGAAUACAUGUCUAGAGCCAUUUCGCGUCCUAUGAUGUAUACGUGAUGUAUACGUGUUGCAGUCAUUUAUCUUUCAUUUUAAUUGCCUACCUUUGGAAACAUGCAAAAUGGAGCCCGAGAAUGAUUAGAAAGUGCCUUUACCUUCUAGAAAGUUUUGAAUCCCUUCAAAUUCAGGAUUGUAUAGUAGUUGAUGAAAUAGUUUGUCAGACUGGCUGGAACUCUUUCCAUAUCAGUAAGGAGGGGAAAAUGGACUUGAGACAUAAAUACGCUGUAAGGUUUACAGCAUUAGUACGUUUGAGAACUGCUGGUAAUGAAUGUUAAUUCUUUGAUACUGCAGUUACAAAUGACCAACAUGGUCUAUGGUUAUGUAUUUUAAAGAUAAUAGUAAGAAUAAUUAUGGUUAUAUCCCUUUCAUCAAUGUGAUGUUUGUUGUUUGCAUGUUUAAUUACAGUUGGAGUGAUUUUAAUGGUUGAACUGUCUGGGGAACACUUUUUAAAGUUAUUUAUUGAUUUUAUUUUUAAUCUGACACUAGAAAAGCCUGAAAAAAGCCUUUCAGCUGUUAAAAUCCAGUGUGCAUCGUUUACAUGUUUUUUGACAUACUCUUAAUAAAAGCACGGAUGCUAAAAUUUA